AGGUCUCUUUAAAACAGGAGGACUAUCUGCUGCAUCAGAGCGUCAGCAGCCCAGAUUAACAACAGACACUGUGGAGUGAUCCUGGAAGCCUUCUGCACCUACAAUAUGAAGUCAGCUCUCAUUGCUUUUCUCUUCUGCCUGCUUCUCAUCUGUGCACAAGGACAACCAGCCAACAGGUCGAAUAAAUGCAAGUGUUCCAACAGUCUCCUGACCAAGGUCAAACUGCAGAACAUCCAGACAGAGCCAGUCAUUUACCACCCAAGUACCUUCUGCCCGCGCACUGAGAUCAUUAUUACAGUGGGAAACAAGGAAAAAUGUGUGGAUCCAAAGUCGCGAAUUGGACAGAUUAUUCAGAAUCUGAAAAACAAGCUCAGAAAGACCGGAGCUGUGCACUUGACAACGGCUUCAGUUCAGACUUCCACUUCAGGCUCAGCAACACAGCAGGCGACCUCCAGAAUGUAGAUGUCUGUGCUGAAACCUGACAGCGUGGAGCUCCAACUCUGCUGUUCUGCUUCAAAACAUUGACACUCUAAACGCAAUGAGUGGGUAGAAAUGACCCAGUGAUCAUGAUGGCCAGUUUCUUUAGCUUCUUGAUAUUGUAUUAUACUUUGUUUGCAAAGUUAAGUUUUUAUAUACUGUACAGCUUUUAGAAUUAUUUUGUUUUUUACUAUAGAAAAUACAAUUUUACUGACUUUUUGUGUCAACCUUUUUGCAUUCUUCAUGUUGAAAUGUGGAAUGUGUUUUGGCUCUACAUGCCCACAUUAUGUAAUUAGAACAAGAUUACAAAAAAAACUUCAAACUAAACUGUAGAGGCAUUUAAGAUUCUCAUUCAGUCAGUCAGCAUACCAAGUGCUCUGUUCCCCUAAUCUCUCCCUACAAGAGUCUCAUUUUUCCAAAGUACAAAGCAACUUUGUGCGGCACAUCAGCAGCAAACCUAUGUGAAGAAGUAAUAAGGUGCUUGUAGAAUAAAGAAAUCUAAAUAAAAUCAUUGGUAUUUCUCA